AUGGCCCCAAUACCAGGCGAGGACGAGGCCACUCUUCAGCGUGACAUUCUCCUUCUAUCUGCUGGUCUGCACUCUACAGCACCUUACACACCCGUGUCCACACCCGAAGACUACAAAGAGGCUGAUGCAGCAGUCAACUUGAUCAAUGCUAUCGUUGGACUGCUGACGACGGCGACAAAUGUCGGGGCGCCAGAGGACGAACGCGAUCCUGCAGUAAACCGGGUAGUUGCUGCUACUGUGGUUGCAAAUGAAGCGGAUCGUAUCGAGGCCCUCAUCAUCACUCGUAAUCCCAAGGCCGCUAGCAAGAAAGGGACAGCCAGCGAUCGAGAAUACCGAGUUGAGUCUCUUGCCAGCGACCAGCGCGAGCUCCGCGAAAUAUUCCUUUCCUCUAAUCCCAAAAGGAGAUGUGUCGGGUGGGAGCAGCACAUCAAGGACGUCUUCUCCAUUUUCGACUCCUGGUCUAAGAGUAGCAUGGAUUACAGCUUGAGAGAAGUUAUGUUCUUUGUGUUCUUCCUUUCUCGCUGCUACCCGAAAAUAGUAGCACGAAUGCGAACCGCAGAACGUCUUUGGGGUGAUCACCCUCUUGUUAUCCUUCACGAGUGGACCUCAGGACACCAGCCAACUACUCCUGAAACCUUUGAACUUUCCAUCCCGAACUACUAUGAUGGAAACAAUAGCCUGGGAGCGCAUGGUUGGUUGGCCUUGCACGGUCUCCAGCCAAAUGAAAGCGGUAAUUUCAUUGUUGGUCCGUCGGACACUCCACGGUGGACUAGUAUUCUGAAGGAAGAGUACGAAGCCUUGAAGGAAUCCUUGGUGGCCGAAAAUGGCAGCGCCCAAGAAACUUUUGGAGUGGACCACCUCAUUCGAGCCUUUGCAGCUUUGGCACACAUUCGAGCUCUUGCCUCGUCCAAGCUCUUCGAACGCUUGUUGUUGGCUAUACCCGGCCUCAUUGAUCGUUUGCGCGAACCUAACUCUGAAUCCCAUGACUCAGAUGAUUUCGAAGGUAUUCAUUCUUCUCCUUUAAUGCUUUCGACGAGUUUAACUGAACUAGAUGAAACCGUCGAGGAUUUCCGCGUUGGCAAUCCUCUGGAACGCUGUGUCAAGGCACUCGUUUCCCUAAUCCCUUCCAUGGUCCAGGCCCUCCAUUUUUUAAAAUCCAGACCGGGAAUAUCGUUCACGGUGUCUUUAAUCACUUGCCCACCUUCCCCCAUUCCGCCCUAUACGCCAGCGAAUCUUGAAGCGAUCAUCAACGGUCUAUCCGGUACUGUUCUGUCUCAGGAUGCCAAGGACUACAUGCUUUAUGGUUCGGAGGUAGCAAUUUACGGCGACAAGAACGCAGAAGAGGUCAAUUCAGCGGUUACUCGCGACCACGGUAAAGCUGAACGCCUCAGUCAACUGCUUGGGUUCAUCGCCAAAGGGACAGUACAUUGCGAGGCCAUUAUCAUGAGCGCCGUCUACCCCUCAAAGGUCGACGCGAAACUUAGUCCUCACCUCAAUCCGACGGGCGAAACACCGAUUGGAACAGGCAGACGAUGCUUUUCUGGCUCUCACGGCAUCGUGUACACCUGGGUCGCUCCUGCGGGUCUACCUCUCACCGUUCUCAAGGCUUUGAGAACGGACUUGGCCAACGCGCUGGAUACGGCAGCGAAGAAGGCUCGCAAUGCAGUAACCUCAAUGCAGAGCAGCAUCCGCGACGAGACCGGCAUUUAUAUCAGUGAUACAACUUGUAAUGCACAAUGUCCCUCUACUUGUCAAUACCGAGACAAUGCGUUACAAGUUCGUUCAUUAUGA